GACAGAAUAACACAUGCAAUAGGAAGUUCAAAAACUUUUAACUUCCUAAUUUUCUAAUAACACAUGAUUGGAGUAAUUGUAUGAUUUAGGAAAAAGUACAGUCACUGUUAUUAUAAAUAUAUUUUGUUCUAAAAUAAUUACUUUAGUUAUGAGUUUUUGUAUAUACGAUUCAGAUGUUAUUUUGUGUAACAAUGAGGAAAUCAUUGUAUAUAAUAUUGAAAACAAUGCAGAAACUGUAAUUCAUUUACCUGAACUGCAAGCUGAUAAAAAAGUGGAUGUACAUAACAAUGUAAAUAUCGAAACCUUUCACACAAUCACAAAUGUUAUGUUUUCAAAUGAUGGAAACCUUUUUUUUGUAUGUACAAAUCGUAAGCAACUCUGUGUAUAUGAGAGAAAAAGCCAAAAACUCGUGUUAAAUAAAAUACUUCCUAGAGCAGCUAGUAAAGUACAGUUUACUCCUUCUAAUGAUAUAAUAGUUGCUGAUAAAGCAGGAGACGUUUAUUUAUUUUCUAAUAAGGAGUUUGCCAAUGGAAUAUUACUUCUAGGACAUUUAUCAAUGUUGCUUGACGUAUUAAUCACAGAAGAUGAAAGAUAUAUUAUUACAACUGAUAGAGAUGAAAAGAUUAGAGUGUCAAUGUUUCCAAAUUCAUACAACAUUGUAUCUUAUUGCUUAGGACACAGAAAGUUUGUAACAAAUAUUGCGGAAUUACCUCAUGACAAAAGUGUUUUGGUAUCUUGUGGAGGUGAUGGUAAACUUAUUCUAUGGAAUUAUAAAAUUGGAAAAGAAUUAUUAUUGAUUGAUUUUUCUGAUAAAAUAUCUAAAAGGGAUAUUGAAGAAUUUAAUCAACAAUUUCAAGGCUGUCACUUGGAAGAAGUUAUUGAAACUUUACCUGUUAAACAUUUGAGACUUUCAUUGAUAAGUACAACCUCAUCUUUAGCAUUAUUAAGUUUUUAUAAUAAUCCAUUAUUAUUGGUCUUCAUUAUCAAUGGCACCAUGAUGUUAAAUUUUGAAGUAAAUUAUCUACAGUCUAUAGUUACAGACAAUGAACCUCUAGAAUGUUAUAUUUCUAAACAAAACUUAUGGUUAUUAAAUGACUCUGGAUUUAAGAUAUAUGAAUUUAAAGACAAUACUUUUGUACUUAAUAAUGAAAUCAAUUAUAAGAUGAAUCAGUUAAAUAACUUUUGGAAAAUGUUAAAAAAAGAUACUAUUCAACAAAAUUUAUUCUCGAUUUUAUAUAAAAGGAAAUAUGACAAUGUUCAAGAGUACUUGCAAAGAAAAAAAACACGACUUGGAAGUAUUUCUGAGUAACAUGUAAUAUCAGGUGAAUUAUUAAUUGUUUUUAUAUUAAUACCAUAUAAAUAUAAAAUAAAAUUAAA